CACAAACAUUCAAUUUGUGACCGUCGAGCAUUCAUCACAUCGAAAUGAUUUUUAUUGCUGUGAUCCUCAUUUUGAUAAGUUUUUGGAUCUUCCUAAAGGGAACGAAGAAGCCCAAGAAUUUUCCACCCGGUCCUCCGAUCGUUCCCAUUUUGGGAUCCAUUCCAUUCAUGAAGGGUCCAACAUUGAACGAGAAGAUCUGGAGCAAAGAUUUAGCCGAUCAAUUUGGACCUGUGAUAGGGUUGAUCAUGGGAAACAAACCCUUCGUUAUGAUCACUGAUCCCAAAGUGGCCAAGCAGGCUUUGAGUGGUGAGGAUUUGAUUGGAAGACCUCGGGAUCCUUUAGCUUUAGAGGUCAGAGCUCAGAAUGGGAAAUUCUUCGGACUUUUCCUGGCAGACGGAGACAAUUGGAAGCAUCAAAGACGAUUUACCCUUAAAGUCAUGAAAGACAUUGGGAUUGGACGUAGUGUCUCUGAAGAUGCCAUGAUCCUUGAAGCCGAUAAAUUGGUCCAAGAGUUCGACAAAACGGUUUAUCAAGACCUGCUCAUGGAUGGACAAUUCAAUAUCCCGGUGGUUAAUGUUCUUUGGGUUAUGCUGGCCAACGUCCGAUACGAGUACAAUGACCCUGAAAUUCUCGCGUUUAUGGAACUUCUCCGGCAAUUAUUCCGAGGAGGAGGGUUCCUGAAGCAGUUUUUUGGAGUGCUCAAAUAUUUUCCCAAUCUCAGUGGACUGAAUGUGAGACGAGCGACCAACCAAAAACUGCGUAUUCCAAUCCAGCGUGAAAUAGACAACCACAAAGCUUAUCAUAAAACAACCAAGUCCCAUAUGAAUGAUUUUAUUGGUCAAUAUUUGGAGGAAAUGGAAACAGACCCAAUGAUGAACGAGAAUGAGCUGAUGAACAUUUGCCAAGACUUGUUUGGAGCCGGUUCUGAAACGGUCAGCUCGACUCUUCUCUUCAGCAUCUCAUUCCUGACCAUGUAUCCGGAUGUGCAAGAUGAAUGUUUUCAAGAGAUCUUGAACUUGGAACGUGGUGGAACACAGGUCUCACUCCAGAAUCAGAAUAAAUUCGUAUUUGUCAAUGCCACCAUCAACGAAGUCUUUCGAAAGAGUUCACUUACGGCUAGUAUAAUCCCUCACCGUGCAUUGAGAGAUACCAAGAUCCUCGAUUAUGACAUCCCCUAUGACACUAUGAUUUUGACCAACAUGAUGCUCAACAACAACGAUCCGAUCUAUCAUAUCAACCCCGAAGACUUCAACCCCAAGCGUUUCAUCAAUGAAUCCCAGAAACUUGUCAAAAAUGAUGUCCUCACUCCUUUUGGCGUGGGUAAACGCGUUUGUCCCGGAGAGUCCUUGGCCCGAGGGGAAAUCUUCAUCUUCCUGGCCAAACUAAUCCGGGCAUUUCAGUUCUGUAAACCCGUGGAACACCCACCACCCAAUGCCGAUGUUGUGUGGGGCAUGGCUCGAUUGCCCAAACCAUUUUAUGUAUACCUUAAAGUUCGGAAAUGAAAUCGUAGAACUCUGGAA